AUGGCAAAGGGUCAUUCGACACGUGUUCUCACGUUUCUGAUGUUGAUCUCGUUAAUAGCGGUGGCACUGAACCUUCUGUCUACGGCAGAGGCAGAGAUCAAUCAGAAGAAGCCGAGGAGAGAUGUGCCUCUAGUGAAAGGUCUCUCAUGGGGCUUUUACCGGAACGCAUGUCCGAAAGUGGAAAAGAUCAUCAGAAAAGAGCUCAAGAAAGUCUUCAAGAGGGAUAUUGGUUUAGCCGCAGCCAUCCUUCGUAUACAUUUCCAUGAUUGCUUCGUUCAGGGAUGUGAAGCAUCAGUGCUACUAGAUGGAUCUGCAAGUGGACCCGGAGAACAGUCAUCGAUCCCAAAUCUGACACUGCGCCAAGCUGGCUUUGUCGUCAUCAAUAACCUCCGUGCCCUCGUCCAGAGGCAGUGCGGUCAAGUCGUCUCUUGCUCUGACAUCCUCGCUCUAGCCGCCCGCGACUCCGUCGUCCUCUCAGGAGGGCCAGACUAUGAUGUGCCACUUGGCCGACGCGACUCACUGGCGUUCGCUAGCCAAAACACUACAUUAAAUAACUUACCACCACCGUUCGCUAACGCUAGCGUGCUCAUCGCCGACUUCGCCUCUAGAAACCUCAACAUCACCGACUUAGUUGCACUUUCCGGUGGUCACACCAUCGGAAUCGCGCAUUGCCCGUCUUUCACAGACCGGCUCUACCCUAACCAAGACCCAACCAUGAACAAGUUCUUCGCCAACAACCUUAAACGCACGUGUCCCACCGCGAACUCGAGCAACACGCAAGUGUUAGACAUAAGGAGCCCGGACGUUUUCGACAACAAGUACUACGUUGAUCUCAUGAACCGACAAGGACUCUUCACUUCCGACCAGGAUCUGUUCGUUGACAAGAGGACACGUGGCAUUGUGGAGAGCUUUGCGAUCGACCAGCAGCUGUUUUUUGAGCAUUUCACGGUGGCGAUGAUCAAGAUGGGUCAGAUGAGUGUCUUGACGGGGACACAAGGAGAGAUUCGUUCUAACUGUUCAGCCAGAAACACCGAAAGUUUCAUGUCUGUUUUGGAAGCAGGCAUAGUCGAAGAAGCUCUUUCCAUGAUCUAA